AUGCCUUAUACCACCCCUGCAUCACAGUUCCUCUAUGGCACGAGUGCAGUCGAAGCUGCACUACGAUGCGGUCGGCGUCAGCUCUACAAACUAUAUCUCUACCAGGCUGCCGACGAACCACUUAGCCCAGCGAAAGUUGUGCUGCGAAAAUUGGCCCUGUCGAAGGGCAUCCCCGUCAAGAUGGCCUUUGCAGGCUGGGAUCGGCUGUUUGACAAGGUUAGCAUGGGUCGAGCUCACAACGGCUGUGUCCUGGAGACAUCCCCUCUUCCGAGGUUGCCCGUGAAAAGCUUGUUAGAGGCUUCACCUGCGGACGAUCGCUUCUAUGUGGAAUUGGCUCCCCAAUCCCGUGAAGAAGCAGUUGUAAAUGGCACGAAUAACCAGAUCACGAUCAACCACUCGCAACUCAGGAGGAGAUACCCUGUUGUUGUGCUGCUUGAUGGCGUGGUUGACCCAGGAAACCUCGGCGCCAUCAUUCGCUCUGCGUACUACCUUGGAGUUGACGCGAUUGUCUUUGCAGGCCGGAACUCGGCACCAUUAUCGGCUACAGCAGUCAAGUCCUCUGCAGCUCUGCCUCUAAAUACAUUGAUCCCUCCUCUGUGA